CACCGGCCCAUCAAGGGAAUCCUGAAGAACAAGACCUCUACGACUUCCCCGGUGGUGGCCUCGGCCGAACAGCCCCGCCGGACCGUCGAAGAGGAGCUGAGUAAAAAGUCUCAGAAGUGGGAUGAAAUGAACAUCCUGGCAACAUAUCAUCCAGCUGACAAAGACUAUGGUUUGAUGAAAAUAGAUGAGCCAAACACUCCAUAUCACAAUAUGAUAGGUGACGAUGAAGAUGCCUAUAGUGAUUCAGAAGGCAACGAAGUCAUGACUCCAGAUAUCUUAGCUAAGAAAUUAGCUGCUGCUGAAGGCUCAGAGCCAAAGUAUCUGACUCAGGAACAAGAGAGUAGUGGAGAGGAGGACAACGACCUCUCCCCUGAAGAGCGAGAAAAGAAGCGGCAGUUUGAAAUGAAAAGGAAGCUUCAUUACAACGAAGGACUGAAUAUUAAGUUAGCCAGACAGUUAAUUUCAAAAGACCUACAUGAUGAUGAUGAAGAUGAAGAAAUGUCAGAGACUGCAGAUGGAGACUGCAUGAAUAUUGAAGAGUCAAAUCAAGGAUCUACUACAAGUGAUGAUCUGCAGCACAAAUCACAAAGUUCAUAAAAGAAACGUGUUCAGCAAUGCAGUCGUUGUCAAAUACAAACCUUGUUACUAUACUA